AUCAGUUGGGUCGAGGCUCCUCCGCUGUGAUGCAGCCGCACGCUGACACACACACACGCAGACACACACGUAGACACACACGCAGACACAAACUCUCACUCGUGGCGUUUCUGAAGAUGUCACGUCUUUUAACUCCUUAACCAACCUCACCCCCGGUGCUUUCUAAAGCCUGAGCGGACACUGGCAUGGUUCCGGAGAAUGGAAACGGACGACGUGUCGGUUCGGGAGCAACUUUUCCACAACCGUGUCCGGGAGACCAUCAUCUGUGUGCUCCUGUUUACAUGCCUCUACAUAUUAUCCUACCUCAUACUUACCCACUUCAAGAAGACCGCCGAGUUUGUCACAGAUGAUGUUGAAGAUGCCACCGUCAACAAAAUUGCGCUGUGGUUGUGUACCUUCACCCUGUCCGUCGCAGUGUGUGCUGUUCUCCUCCUCCCCAUCUCCAUUUUGUCCAACGAGGUGCUGCUCACCUUCCCACAGAGCUACUACAUGCAGUGGCUCAAUGGAUCUCUAAUCCACGGCUUGUGGAACCUAGUUUUCCUUUUCUCCAAUUUGUCCCUGGUCUUCCUCAUGCCCUUCGCCUACUUCUUCACGGAGUCUGAGGGAUUUGCGGGGUCCAAGAAGGGGGUGAUGGCACGAGUGUAUGAGGCAGUUGUGCUGCUGUUGCUGCUGGCCUUGCUCGUGCUGGGCAUUGUGUGGGUGGCAUCUGCCCUCCUCCAUGACAACAUCGCCAGAAAGAGCCUCUACGACCUGUGGGAGUAUUACCUUCCCUACCUGUACUCUGGCAUCUCUCUGUUUGGAGUGUUGCUGCUUUUGUUGUGCACCCCCUUUGGAUUGUCCCGGAUGUUUAGUGUGACCGGCAGCCUACUGGUCAAACCACGGCUGCUGGAGGAUGUAGAUGAAACACUGAACUGCACCACGUUUGAGGAAGACUCGCUCUCCAGGAAACUGAACUACGGUAGUACAUCCUGCUGGGUCAAGCUGAACAUGGAGGCGAUGAAAAAGGAGCACCAAACAGUGCGGGGCAAGCGCAUCGCUCUGGAGAUGCGUAGGAAAGCGUCCCCAUGGCAGCGAAACCUUGGCUAUCCACUGGCCAUGCUUGGGCUCCUCGCACUGACGGUGAUGUGUGUGCUGAUGGUCUGUUUCAACGUGUUGGAGUUGCUCCUGUAUGACACGGCCAUGCCCAGAGGAAUGGAGGACCCUCACCUGGGAAUGGCCUCCUUCUCUAUGUUCGGCUCGCUGGGCGCUGCAGUUCAAGUAGUCCUCAUCCUCUACCUAAUGGUAUCAUCAGUAGUUGGUUUCUAUAGUUCUCCUCUCUUCAUCAGCCUCCUGCCUCGUGCACAGGACACCAACCUCACCCAGAUAAUUGCAAACUGUGUUUCACUGCUUAUCCUGAGCUCUGCACUGCCGGUCUUCUCACGCACACUUGGAAUCACCCGCUUCGAUCUACUGGGAGACUUUGGUCGCUACAACUGGCUGGGGAACUUCUACAUUGUCUUCCUGUACAACAUGAUGUUCGCUGGUCUCACCUCGGCCUCCCUCAUCAAGACAGUCACCUGGGCGGUUCAGAGAGAGCUCAUCCGUGCCUUUGGUCUCCACAAGCUGCCUUCAACUGUGUCACGGUCCACCGUCCCCUUCAGACUCCUCCUGGCCAGUGGACUUUCUAAAAUCCAGUGACUUGUCCUCCUGACCACUGCCUUUCCUUAAAGAAACUGAGCCAACUUCAAAUGUGCACCUAUUGGAUUAAAUGCAUUUGCGGUUUAGUCCCUUUGCCAGUUGGUGCCCAGAUCAGCUCGCCUCCUGUGAAGAGACCGGAGAGGUUCUGUCUGCGUCCGUCAAGUGGGAGCUCUACUGAAAGGCUGUGACCAGUUUAUCAGGGUCCAUAGUGGUGCAGUUAGUUGACUGCAAUACAAGUGCUGGUACAAGUGCUUUGUAGAGUCGUGGUUAUGACUGGAACCAGGGGAGAAAGGAUUACAGCCAUUCUAGUAGUCCUGCUAUAGUGGAAAAAAACAGAACAAUCCCCCGCGAACCCGACGCCUUACAAAAAGAGGAUUCAUUGCACAGCCGUUGCUCUUUUGACACAUAUGAAAGUCAGCAGAGUUAUUUUGAAAUAUUACAUUGUCGCUGUGACAUAAUUUCCUCUUCCUGCUUCAGGUCGAUUGAGUGUUCUCGCUUUCUUCGUGGCUUCCCCACGCUUUCCUCUCUUAGGCUACACCACUAUUUUAGGAUCGGGAAUCUAACUCCAUGUGUGUCGUGGCUCAGUCUGAAACAGUGUUAUGUUAGUUAAUGAGAGGAAGUAGUAAUUGGGUCCAAGUAGGACACAGGGUACCUUGUCUAUCUGUGAUUCCACAGAUUACACAAGGGAAGAUACGAGAGUGAGGUCAUAGUCUGAAUGAUUGAGCUCUUUUACUAACUAGGUUAACUUGUAGAAUUAAGGACAUCUUCGUGGUGAUUUUAUUAUUGAGCAGGGUUGUUAUGUUUUUCAAGCUGACAGGACGCUUACUGAGUCUGAGGACUAGUAGUUUACAAAAACACAAAAAAGAAAGCUUUACUUUGUCUUAUGCAAAAAAAUCUGUCUGCGAUGUGACGCUCACUAGGAGAAACUUAUGCCUUAGACCAAUCAAACUGUGAAUUAUUACGAAUCUGUGUGGGAAAGUGCAAUAUUUCAUGAGUAAAAAUCACACUAUCUUUAACUAAAGUGAUUUUUUUUUUUUAAUUUUCUGUAUUCUUUCUGUGAAGUAUUUUUUUUUAAAUAUCAUUUCUCCUUAAACGUUGGGUGAAAGCUCAGAAUUGUCUCAGAGUAUUUUCGAAUAGCAAAUGUGACUGUCAAUCCAUUCAGUCCUCUGCUGGUUUUUCAUUUAGAUUCUCUUUUAUCAGCUGUAUCUUAUCCUCAAUGUGUUGAUGAUCUUGUGUCACCAUUUGCCGUCGCUGCUGUAUCAGCAGGUUAAUAGCGGAUGGUUUGACCAGCAGGGGACAGUGUGUCUCAAACCUCUCUCUGGUUAGUUAUUAUAUGUAUUAUAUAUAGAGCACUCGGAGGUUUACGUAUGUCACUUUUUCUGGGAUUUCUCUUUUGGUUUUUGGGAACACGCAGUUUAUAAUGUGCUGUAUUUUUACCUUUAUUUAUGGGCAUUUUGGGAUCAAUACUUAACAUGUGGACUUAUUACUCUUAGGAUUUUUAACCAGUGUUGAAAACUUAGAAUGUGAUACAGUUGAGACAAAGUCUUUAGAGUCGUUCUCGAAGAUUAAAAAAAAUUCGGUGUUUACUUAUGAAAUGUUCUGAUGUUUCAGAUUUUCUUAAAACUGAAUUUUUAACCAUUGUUUUAUGAGGAGAAAGCAAUAAAAUGUUUUUUUUUUUU